UUACGACUGUUCGUGGAAAAUGAGCGGAUUGUUCUUCUUUCUCUAUUUCGUUUCUUUUCUAUUCUCCGAUCUCACUGAAGCUUCUAUCUGCUCCUCCAAUGGUGGAAUACCUAUUGUGAGGAACAUCAGUGAACUUCCUCAGGGUAACUAUGGGAGGGGAGGUUUAUCGCAUGUUACAGUUGCUGGCUCACUUUUGCAUGGGUUCAAAGAGGUUGAGGUAUGGCUGCAAACUUUUGCUCCAGGAUCAGGAACAUCAAUUCAUAGGCACUCAUGUGAAGAAGUGUUUAUUGUCCUAAAGGGGAGUGGAACUCUCUAUCUUGCCUCAAGUUCACAUGAGCAGUAUCCUGGAAAGCCACAAGAAUAUCACAUCUUUUCAAAUAGCACAUUUCAUAUCCCUAUGAAUGAUGCUCAUCAGAUCCAGAAUACAAAUGAAUCUGAGGACUUGCAGGUGCUAGUUGUUAUAUCUCGUCCACCAGUCAAAGUGUUCAUAUACAAGGACUGGUUCAUGCCCCACACUGCAGCCAAAUUGAAAUUCCCCUACUACUGGGACGAAGAAUGCUUUGAAUCACCCAAAGAUGAGCUGUAGUCUUCCAUGCUACCCCAGCAUAUUGUCAUGUAUGUGGAUUUGGCCUUCAAUUCUUGACUCUAAGA